ACGCAAAAUUUUGCGCCUGUCAUCAUAGCCUGCCAGUCAUCGACCAUUGAACAAAGCAACCCCUGCAGAUUGUUCGACUGACAGUUGAUGGAAAAAUCGAACUGGCACAGCGUUCUGCCAUAGACUAAUUAAAGACUAAACACUCCGAACAAUUUAUUUAAAAAAGUAUGACUCAUUAGCUGUGAACCGCGUGAACCACGGUGAACCACAUCGGCUCGCCCCCCGUUUGACUGAACUGCUUGGCAGCACUGCGUUUUCAAUUUUGUUUUGUGGUGGUUUGCGCGCGCAUUGUUAUGUUUUUGUUUUGGUCUUUGCAUCUCAGCUGGCGUGUUUUGCACGACUUUUGCGAAGAUAAGUUUGUUAAGAUUGUUAAGUUAGUUAUAGAGGUAAGUUUAUUUCAAACUUCUUAUUCGCUCCUGCGAUUUGAAGCAUUCAAAUUUCAAGAGGAAUUCAGCAGGAUUGUUUUUUGAUAAUAAUGUUAUUUUUCAGAGCCCUCACGUCAUGCUCACGCCCGACGCUCACCGCGUUCUCCAUCUCCAUAGUCAACUGUUCCGGAAGAUUGCAGCUGGGCAAAGCCGGUGGCCAACGCAAUCGAAAACUAAGUGAAGCAGCUUCUGCUCCGGAACCGGAAAAUGUUCCGGUUUCGCCCAACGAAGGAGGAGAAGAACGCCGAACAUCCAAAUCGAGAGGGACUGUCGGAGUUCUGGCUCCUGGAGUAGCGCAUUCAGAUGAGCAAGAGUAAUUUUCUCAAAGCAGCUGAUGUAGAAACUGAGAAACGUAGCGAAAUGGCAGGAUGUGGCCUGGAACUCUUGCUCGAGAGUUUGUUCUGGCUGCUGAACAAGGCCCCGAAUGACGCGCUGUCUCACGAGUGACCCAACCGUGUCGCAUUGCCCUUGCACGUCGUGAUCAUGCUGAAUCAACGCUGCAGCGAGCUGUGCCAUAACGCCACUGAACCACGGGAACAAGUUCGCCAAGGCGUACUAGGAGGGUGAGCACAAGAGGAAGGAGUGAGAGUACGUGUACGAGGACAGAAUGUGAAACUCCCAGUCUUGCGGCCUUUCACGUACUGUGAAGGCAUCUGUGAAAAUGAUCUGUAGAUCAAUUGGUCGGUCGUGCUGAUGCAUCAACGAGAUCACUACGAGGUAGGCUGCUUGUCAAAUCAAACAGAGUACCUGGUCGGUCCGGCCUUCAGUGACCUGCAAUUCGCCGCCGGCAUGAACGGUCUGACCAGUCCGCUGCGAGGUCUCGCCAAACAGGAAUUGUGGCUGCAAGUGACCGACGACAUUGCUAGCAAGGAAAAGAUGAAGAGCUUCGUCUGGAAGAGUCGGGACAUUUCAUGCGUUGGCACCGGUUCAGCAUCAGACUCGGUCGGGGCGGAGAAAAAACUUCAAUCGCUUUUGCAAAAUCGCGCCGGCAGAUGGUUUCAAUCAAAUGAUCAGCUAAGACACGCAGUUCUUGGUUGGUUUGGCCACUUUGUGACGGCGUUCUUCGCGCUCGGCCUGGUGGAUGUAGCCGUACUCUGGAUGGCUUACUAUUCGAUCGUUAUGAUCUCCGAGAUUCGUCGCUCUGACAUGCUGUCACGCGAAUACUUGAACUGAAGCUGAUUAUUGAUGACAAACUCCAAGUCGCAGAUCAUUGCGUUUUGUAAUUCUGAAGGCGGUAGAAGGACCACUCGGGAUGUUGAUGUGUUGAGGUGCGGGAUGGGUUACGUUUGUACCACCUCGGCGUAUGAGUUCAAUUACACGGAAGGCCAGCGGGAGCCAGUUUUAGUAGAUUCAGCCGGGAAGCCCUCCAUGGCAACGACACUGCAACCGGUCUCUACCGGUGCAGUCUCAACCACCUCCAUGAACUCCGUGUAUUGCAUGGUGGCUAUGUAUAAUACUUUGUCGACUUUCAGUUCGGAACUAUCUUUACGGACGUUCGCCCGUGCUACCUUGUAAUUGCUUUGAACCGCCUCAACUUCCUGAGGCUCAUUUUCUUUUUUCUGCUUUGGCAUGGUUUACAGAGACGGACCACCCUCGGGAUCCCCUCCGGCCGACGGAUCAUUAACCGACCACAUCUGGAUCCGGUGCCGUCGAAAUCAAAACAAAAAUAUAAACAAUAACAAAGCUUGAAAUGCCAUGUCAAAGUACAGAGCUGCCAGUUGAUGACAUUUCUAUUUGUCAUCUUUGACAGUGAACCGGCCGUGCCGAGGGGUCAUAAAAAGGUAGAGUCAUGGUUCAGAGCCCACUGUGUAGUCUUUUAUUAGUCUAUGGUUCUGCGUUCACCACUGCGUCGAACGGACAAUCUUGCUCUUAGCUUAAACGGCGGUUGGUGUCCAGCGCGUUUGGAUCUGUCAAACAUUGGCGCUCAACCAAACCACAAUUGGCCAAUCUGUUUGCCUUGACAAUCUACAAUGUACUGCAAACCUGGUUAGCCGCCU